AUGCAAGAACCCAUCCUCCGCCAGCGCGUCCAAAAAGGCUACAGCCUCGGGACAGAAUCAAGCUUCUGCACUUGGCUCACCAAGAAGGCCAAGUACUUGGCCACUGCGCCGAACAAGAAGCUCACCUCGCUUGGUGGCCAAGGGCACCCGGUGCACAUGAUGGAGAGAACCAUCAGCGCCUGGGAAUCCAUUUAUGAAUCAUCGGUGAAAAUGUCGUUCGAAAAGGCUCCACCUGCACUUCAAGAUGGGCCAGGUGGUCCGGAAUCUCUUGGGCUCGUCAACUUGACGUUGGCGCCGUCCUCGCUGACCAAAGCGGCGCUAUGCCAGGAGGCUGCGGGAAAUGACGAACAUAGCCAUCGUUGGUGA